AUAUAAUGAAUCUUAAAAAUUGCAGUACAUCGAAUUGGCAACGCGCGACGACCAGCAAUCGGAGAGACUCAGAGCGGGAAGAGCAGAGAGUGAGUGUUCCAAGAGGAAAUUAUGGAGAGACGCCGGGCUUGUGUGGUCGUUCUCGGUGAUCUUGGUCGAAGUCCUCGUAUGCAGUACCAAGCUCUUUCUCUUGCCCGCCAGGCAAAUCUGGAGGUGGACAUUGUUGCUUAUGGAGGCUCUCAGCCCCACUCGGCACUUCUAGAGCACAAAUCUAUCCAUGUUCAUACCAUGACACAGUGGCCAAAAUUCCUUCAAAAUUUGCCAUGGAUAUUCCGGCCUGUAACACUACUGCUCAAGCCGCUUAUUCAGUUUCUUAUGCUUCUUUGGUUCCUUAUUGUUAGAAUUCAUUCACCUGCCUUCUUCAUUGUGCAGAAUCCUCCUUCUGUUCCAACGUUAAUUGCUGUAAAAUGGGCUAGCAUACUAAAGCGAUCUGCAUUUAUCAUUGAUUGGCAUAAUUUUGGUCAUACUUUGCUUGCCCUGUCCCUGGGAAGAAAUAGCAGUUUUGUUGCUGUUUACCGCUGGAUUGAAAAGCAUUUUGGGAAGAUGGCAGAUGGCUCCUUUUGUGUCACGAAAGCAAUGCAGCAUGAAUUGGCUGAAAACUGGGAUAUUAAAGCCACAGUUUUCUAUGAUCAACCUCCUGAGUUUUUCCACGUUGCUUCACUCCAGGAAAAACAUGAGUUGUUUUGUAGGCUACAUAGUAAUCUACUUCAACCUCUUGGUCUUCAAGAUUGUGUUAGCUAUGCAGGUGCAGUAACGGUAGGCCAUGAGCAGCAGGAGACAUUGUUGACGAGUUUGGUUGGCAACGGUAUUCUCUUGAAGCAAAACAGACCUGCAGUUGUUGUGAGCAGCACAAGCUGGACUCCAGAUGAAGAUUUUAGUAUCCUUUUAGAAGCUGCAGUCAUGUAUGACAGGCGUGUUGCUGCCAUCCUAAAUGAGGAUGAUUCAGUUUCUGAUGAAUUUAUCUGGAAAGAUAUCUAUGAUGGAAAGCAAUACUUAUAUCCUAGGUUAUUAUUCAUCAUUACUGGUAAAGGGCCUGACAAAGAAAAGUAUGAAGAUAAGAUCAGUAAAUUGCAUCUUAAGCGUGUGGCAUUUCGUACAAUGUGGCUGUCUCCAGAGGAUUACCCAUUACUUCUCGGAUCAGCAGAUCUAGGAGUUUGUUUGCAUACUUCUUCAUCAGGCUUAGACCUUCCCAUGAAGGUUGUCGAUAUGUUUGGGUGUGGACUUCCUGUUUGCGCUGUUUCCUACUCUUGCAUCAACGAACUUGUGAAAGCAGAGAAAAAUGGUCUACUCUUUUCAUCAUCAUCAGAGUUAGCAGAUGAACUAUUGAUGCUUUUCAGGGGAUUCCCCAAUGAAUGCAGUGCUUUGGAUUCGCUAAAGAACAGCACAGUAGAAAUGGGUUCUCGUAGGUGGUCUACCGAGUGGGAUGAGCAUGCCAAACCCUUAAUAUCUCAGGUUAUCACUCGAUGCUAGAGCUAAGUUGUUGGUACCUUCCUACGCAUGAAGGUUUCUUCUUCAUAAGCUGUUUACUUAUUCAAAGGUUUGAUGAUACCAUAGUUUUACUGUAAAUUGAUGAUACCAUAGUUUUACUGUUAUUCAAUGCUAGAGUAUUGUAUUUUUGGUUAUUUUAUUUCAUUAACACAAAAGGAUAUUUAUGUUGUACGAUGACCACACCACGUCAAAAUUUUCAUCUUUAUUCUCAUUGAAGACGAGAACUAAUUUCAAUGUUA